UGUAAUGAGACUAUCCUGGAAGAACGACAAAUAUUAUAAUAAAUAAUAUUUCGUUCUGUAAGAUUUUAUCAAUACAUUAUUAAUAUAUUAUGUCAUAAAAAGUCAAUGUACAUUGUAAACUUUUACAAAUUUUAGUGUCUCCUGCAGGGUUUUAAAAUUAUCCUCUUCUUUGAUGACAAUGUGUCUUAAAUUUACAUUUUAAAGAUGUUUGUGUUCAAAGAAUAAUAUAAAUUUGACUACAAACAAGAGUAUUACAUAAUGCAGCUCAAUUAUCAGAAACUUGUAUUUAGUUUGAAUGAUGACUGAUUAUCAGUUUCAUUGAUUGUGAAAGAUGACUUGUUCAUUUCUUUUUUCUUAAAUAAUUGCUUCGCAGAUCUAGUUAAACGUUUUGUUUUUGUAAUUAUAUGAUGUUUUUGAGUACCAAUAAUAUUCUCACGUCCAGUUUGUGCUGUUUUCUGAAUGCAAGAUUAAUUUUAUUAUUUAUUAUUUCAUAUUAAUAUUAUAUUAAUAAUGGCAACUGUAAUGUAAAAUUUAUUUACCAAUUGUUUAGAACAAUAUUGGCAGAUGUAAGUUGUAUCGGUUGAUGUUGACAAUGAACUAAUUUUGUGCAGUAUAUCUUCAAAUCCUAAGAAUUUUGUAUCAAAAUUAACUUUAGCUUUAAUGACAUCAGCAAAUGAAUUUUGAACCUCUAAUGUAUUGUCAACUGGAUUCUUAGGUUUCCUCAUUCCAUUUAGUUGUUGAUUUCUCAAUAAAGGCAAAUACAAUGACUCAAUGUUAGAACCAUUUAACGUGUUCCAAUUUUUUGUUAUACUGUAACCUUGAUUUGGUCCAUCAUAAAUUUCUUUUUCAUUGAAAGCAGAUUCUUUGCCUUGUAGGAGAGCUAUAAAUACAAAGAAGUUGUUCAUCAUUUUUAAAGGUUUCCAUUGUAACUGUAAAAAAUAUAUAAUUAAUUUACUUGCCAAUGAAAUCCUUUAAAUAUUUUGUAAAAGUUUGAUUGCAAAAAAGUACAUGUUGAAAAGCUUUAUCGAAUUUCUUUUCACUAAAAUAUGUUCUUGCCAAUAAUGACUUCUCAGACAGAUUAUUUUCAAUGGUAUGAGAAUUGAAUAUUUUCCAUUGUUUACGAGAAAUUUCAGCUUGCCAUUCGAGGGCACAGUCUUCCAAUUUUCUAUUGAUUAAGUUUAAUAAUUUAUUUACUUCAAGUAACCGUCGUGGAACAUGAGCAUUUCCUUGGCAAGAAAGAAAACAAACGUUACUUUCAAUCAUUGGUUUCUCAUUAAUUGAUGUCAUUUUUAAAUAUAUAAUAUUUUUUUCAUCUAAACUAAAAAAAUCUAUCUGGAAGUCAUGUACAAGGAACAUUAAAAGACAUAUAAAAAUGUAUUUUUAAAAUAAAUUUACGUUUCAUUAGCCGUUUACUGAACAAUUGAACAUUUAUGGAAUGAUAUACUCAGUGUAAUAAUAUUUAUUUAUUCGAAUAAGAUACAAUAACAAUUAAAUAACUAGAUAAAACAUAAUCAGAAGAAUACAUUGAAAUAUUACACGCAAAAAAAGUUAUUUCAAGGAAAUUAAUAUUCACGAAUAUUUGAUUUGUAAUUAGCGAAAUGGAAAUAUAUAAAUAACAAAUAUGUUAUUGACGCUUGCCACUUGAAAGACAUUACGAUAAACAUUGUACAACAUUUAUGUCUCCAUAUUGUAAUGUGAAUGCAGCGCCACGCGUUCGUGCAUACUAUCCAACGUGUAACGUUCUGGUAGAAUUCGAAUUCAGAAAUUUGCCAACGAAGUCUGUUUCGUUUAUGAAAAGUUUGUAAAAAUAAAAUACAGCUUGUGACUAUAAGCAGUAAUAUUUUUAAUUGUAAUUUCAAUUAAAAAUGUGGAUGAUUUGUUUAUUAUUUAUACUACUGUUAGUUUUACUGGUGAUGAGGAAAUUCUACUUAAAGAAAUGUAAAAUACGUAAAAAUGUCUGUGUUGUUGUUCUCGGAGAUUUAGGUAGAAGUCCUAGAAUGCAAUAUCAUGUAAUGUCAUUGAUAGAAGAAGGUUUUAUGGUAGACUUUAUAGGUUAUUCUGGUUCAUCCUUAUUAAAAGAAAUACAAGAAAACCCUCGAGUACGUAUUUACUAUCUCCUGCCACCACCGAAUAUAAACAACAAUAUACCUAGCCUCGUGCGUUACGUGAUAAAAACGUUGUGGCAAAUGGUUACACUUUUAUGGGUUUUAUUUCAGAAACCUAUGCCCACAUAUGUAUUAUUGCAAAAUCCACCUGCGAUUCCAACAAUUCCAGUUUGUUGGUUUUAUUGUACCGUAAUAGAUUGUCAUCUUAUCGUUGACUGGCAUAAUUAUGCUCAUACUAUCAUGGCACUAAGUUUGAGAAACGAUCAUUUAUUAGUAAAAUUUGCAAAGGCAAUUGAAAUGUUUUUCGGUUCUAAAGCUCAAAGUAAUUUUUGUGUUUCGAGAGCGUUAAAGGAAGACUUACAGUUGAAGUGGGGAAUCAAGGCUAAAGUAUUAUAUGAUCGUCCAAUAACUAAAUUUCAGCGUAUAUCAUUAACAGAGAAACAUGAAUUUUUAUUAAAAUUAAGCGAAACAUAUGACAUUUUUAAAGGUCCAGAGGAAAAUUCUACUAUAUUUACAGAAUGCAUAUCAAAUGAGGUUCGUUUGAAACUUAAAAGACCUGGAUUUAUUGUGUCUAGUACAAGUUGGACGGAAGAUGAAGAUUUUUCUAUAUUAGUGAAAGCAUUGCAAGAAUAUGAAUAUGCAGUUGAAGAACAUAUUUAUAAUCUCCCAAAUUUGAUUUGUGUCAUAACUGGUAAAGGACAUUUGAAAGAAUUUUAUAUGGCAAUUAUAACAUUAAAAAUGUGGAAACAUGUUACAGUUCUAACACCAUGGCUUGAAAGUGAAGAUUAUCCUAAAAUGUUAGCUAGCGCAGAUUUAGGGAUUUGUCUCCACACUUCAUCCAGUGGUUUGGAUUUACCAAUGAAAGUUGUUGAUAUGUUUGGAUGUGAACUGCCAGUUUGUGCAUAUAAUUUCAAAUGUUUACCAGAGCUUGUUAAACAUAACGAAAAUGGAAUGAUUUUUUCGAAUUAUAAAGAACUGGCAGCACAACUGAAGUCAUGGUUUGAAAAUUUCCCUAAUAAUGAUACUCAACAGAAGUUGGAUGAUAGGUUCAGACAAGAACUUCGCAAGUUCCAAGAAAAUCGGUGGCACAAUAAUUGGACUUCUACUGUAUUACCUUAUUUUAACAAAUAACUUAAGAAUUGUUGAUAAAUUGUAAGUGUUUAUGGUAUAAACAUGUUUCCUAAAGUAUAUUAAAAAUUAAUUUUUCAUAAAUUUUAUGUAUGGUUGUAUAUAGUGCACAUAUUCUAUCUGUAUCUUAUUAUAGUUCAUUUAACUUUAUGAAUAAUAGUCAAUUUAUUGUUAUUAGUUUUAUUAUGA